AACAUUGAAAUGAUAUGCAUAUCAUGAGGAACACCAUUCAGACAACGUGAAGUCUAUUUUUUCUUCUUUCUUGAAGGUUACAAAGAAGAGAUCACAGAGAGGAUAAAGCAGAGAUGUUUUCAUUGUUUUAUGGACUGUGGAAGUAUCUAUCUAGUAAGACAGAGUAUCAUGUUCUUAUUCUUGGAAUCAACAAGGCUGGGAAAACAUCUUUACUGGAGAAGUUGAAAUCGCAAUACUCAAAUUUGGAAGGCCUGCCUCCUGAUAGAAUUGUGCCAACUGUGGGCCUAAACAUUGGGCGUCUUGAAGUCUCAAAUACAAAACUGGUGUUCUGGGACCUGGGAGGUCAGCCUGGUCUUCGAUCAAUCUGGGAGAAAUAUUAUGAAGAGGCACACGCUGUUAUGUAUGUAGUUGAUGCUGCUUGCCCAUCACGUUUUGAAGAUUCAAAAUCUGCACUUGAAAAAGUUCUUCGGCAUGAGGAUAUGCAAGGAGCUCCACUUCUGAUAUUAGCAAACAAGCAGGACCUUGCCAAUGCUGUAUCAGCUGAAGAACUUGCUCGAUAUCUAGACCUAAAGAAAUUGGAUGAAAGGGCUUACACAUUUGAAGCUGUUUCAUCAUAUGAUGGGUCGGGAAUUAAAGAAAGUGUGGAGUGGCUUGUAGAGGUAAUGGAGAGAAGUAAGAGAACAGAAAUGUUGAGGGGGUCCGUGCUGGCUUAACAAACCUGGGAUCUGCUUAGAAGAAAAUUAUACAUGGAUCUACAAUUUUAUUGUUUUCACCCUUGUGUAACUCUUGUAAUCAUGGUUCAAUUUCCAUCCCACAUUAUUGGAAUUUACUGAUUUGAUUACACCUUAAAAGCCUCAUAGUUUUUAUUGUUUGAAGCUCUCUUCAGGGUUGUUACAUGAAGUGUAGUAGGAAUAGUUCUUUUUUUUUUUUCAGUAGACAUGCAGUUGAGUUAAUUAAGAGAAGUUCUUUGGUUUCUGUGAAUAAUUAACAUUGUGCAUAAAUUGAUGUCCAAUUGAAAGUCUUCUUGAAAUUAAGAA